GCUUCUUGUUCCAGGCUCCAGUACUGAUUUUUAAGCGAGCAGUGACACGACUAUAUCAGACAGCGAGAAAAGCGGGAUUGUACUGCGUUUAAGCGGUUUCUGCUUGAGGAUACGAAAAAGCCGCUUCUAGUUUCUGAACAUCUGGGCGGAGAUGUAAUAGUUUACUGGCACUGGCGUUGUGUUUUUGUUGCUUUUCUUGUGGGGACCUCCCUAAAGCUUCAACUCAGGAACUCUGACAUUCCCUGUCUUGGCAGCUACAGUGUUUCCUUUUGCCGCAUGUGCAGAAAAUGGCAACUGCUCUCAGUGGACGCCCACCUAACAAUCGGAAAGGCCGCAUUUUAGGCAUUAUUGACGCCAUCCAGGACGCUGUCGGACCCCCUAAGCAGGCGGCCGCUGACCGCCGGACCGUAGAGAAAACAUGGAAACUCAUGGACAAAGUGGUGAGGUUGUGUCAGAACCCCAGAUUACAGCUAAAGAACAGUCCUCCGUACAUCCUGGAUAUUUUACCUGACACUUACCAACACCUGAGGCUGAUUUUGUGCAAAUACGAAGAGAACCAGAGACUUACUCAGCUAAGCGAGAAUGAUUAUUUCAAAGUGUACAUCGACAGCCUGAUGAAGAAAUCCAAAAGAGCAAUCCGCCUCUUUAAGGAAGCCAAGGAGAGAAUGUAUGAAGAACAGUCACAAGACAGGCGGAAUCUCACCAAGCUCUCGCUGAUCUUCAGUCACAUGUUGGCCGAGAUCAAAGCCAUCUUUCUAGGUGGACAGUUCCAAGGAGACACAUUCCGCAUUACCAAGGCAGACGCUGCUGAUUUUUGGAGAAGGUCUUUCGGUGAAAAGUAAGUUUUCUUCUCAUUU